GGUAAAAUAUUAGUUGGGCUUGUCAGGGCUGGGCGCAUUGCGAUGGAAAACGCGUUUUUUCACAUUUCGCUAAAUAUGUACACACUUUGAUGGAAAAAGAGAGAAAAAAUUAGGGCCACAAAGAGGUUGCAAACAUAUUUGAUAAAUUCAAAUAAAAUCGACUGCUCGGCGACGAGGCCAUUUAGAUAAAUCGCGCCACGCACUGUGCCGACUCCUUUUGGUAAUAUUCGCCACAUCAAUUAAAUACGGGCGCCGUUAGGGAAAGCAAGACAAAUGGCGGAAAACGGAAUGCGUGUGGGCCCAGGGUCAUCGGCGGCAGUAGCGGUGGCGGCGGCGGCAGCGGCAGCAGCAGUCAAUGUGAAUGCAGGUACCAGCAAUGGGGAGCACGAGAAUGAACACAAUGCUGCUGACAAUGAGAAGGCUCAGCCGGCGCGCCUGAAUGAGUCGGCUCAGAAAUAUAUGCAGGAACUGAUGAGCGAGCGAUCGCGCAUGGAGAACCAAUUUCCAUUGGCAGUAAAACUAAUUGACGAAGCUUUGGAGCGAGUGCAGUUGAAUGGGCGCAUACCCACGAGAGAUCAGUAUGCCGAUGUGUAUCAGCAGCGAACGAUUAAAUUGUCGCAGAAGGUGCACGUGCCGAUCAAGGACAAGAAAUUCAACUAUGUUGGCAAACUGCUUGGCCCCAAGGGCAACUCCCUGCGCCGGCUGCAGGAGGAGACGCAGUGCAAAAUCGUCAUUCUUGGUCGCUUCUCUAUGAAGGAUCGUGCUCGCGAGGAGGAGCUACGCAAUUCCGCGGACGCCAAAUAUGCCCACCUGAAUCUUCCGCUCCACGUUGAAGUGUCAACCAUAGCGCCACCAGCCGAGGCGUAUGCCCGUGUUGCCUAUGCGCUGGCCGAGAUUAGGCGUUAUCUUAUACCCGAUAAGCACGACGACAUACGUCAGGAGCAGUACCGGGAGCUCAUGGAGGAUCCUGAAGCUGCCAAAAAGUUGACCCUGCGCCAGUUGCAACAGCAACAACAGCAGCAGCAACAACAACAACAACAGCAGCAACAACAGCAAUCAGUUGCUGCCGGAGGCAGUGGCAACGGCAACAAUCGUUCUGGCGGCAACUACAGACAAAAGUUUCCGCAGCAAUCGCACUAUCAUCACAACGACGAGACUGUCUAUUAUCGUUCACAUAACAACGCCUACCACCAGCCAAAGCCCUAUGUGCCAGCUGCCCAGAGGGGCAAUGCCAUGCAUACAACCUUGCCGCCACAGGCAAUUGUUCGCGCAUCGCCGCCUGGUAUGGUGGUCAGUGCGGCCAGUUUUAAUGGACGCAACGCUGGCCUGGGCAAUGCCGGAGGUGGGAUAAUGACUAACAGCAUUGUAGCUGCCACGGGCGGCGGUAUUGGAGGUGCUGUGCCGCCAAUACGGCACUACCGUCCCGCCGCCCCAUAUCAGUUUGUUAAAAAAUAAUACAGAAGCAAUGCGCCGCCUUCCGCUCGCUGUUUGUUCACCAUUUUGUCAUCAACUCAUCCAAAUGCAUGCCCCGCCUAGCAAUGUGCAUACAUAUACAUAUAGAAGAAAGUGAUGCAUGUGCAUGCGCCGCCAUCUGAUUGGUUGAUUGGUUGGGCUUUGGUCACACAGUAGAGGCCCAAGACCCAAGUCAAAUCAUACCACACACUGCUCCAAAGGUAGAUGUAAUAAUUAUAAAUACAUAACAUACAAUUUCUCACACAUUGACUUGAACACGAUUUCGAAAGUGGAAAAUCCAAAACCAAAACGAAAAACAAUAACAAAAAAUGAUGAAAAAUGAAUAACAAAUGAAAUGAAAAUGAGUAAUGAAUGUACGUUUAAGAAACUAGCCUAAGUAGACGAAUGCUCCAAAUGAACAGACAUACACACACACUGACACACACACACCAACGGACACCAUUGCAUCCACAAUAGUUGGACUUUCGAUUGAAGAGGACUCUCGUUAAGAUGCCAUUUGCUAUAAUUAUUGUUGAAUUGGAUUCUUUUGAAAUGUGUGUUUUGAGCUCUGCGAGAAUUUUGUGAAUUGGUCAAUCCAGACGGACCCCAAGGUGUCUUGAAUUUUAUUUUGUUUUGUUUUUUUUUUUUUUAAUAAUGAUCGAUCAUUACUGACGCAUUUCUUCGUUAAUCAUCCAUUUCAUAUUUAUACAUAAAUAUCAAGAAUUCAUUUUGUACUUUACUCCAAUGCUAUAACUAUACAACAUAAUUUCGUUAAUGGAUUUUUACAACGAUCAGGAGGCUUUUUAUUUGUUACGUUGCACAGUCGAAAAGAAUAAAUAUGAUGUUUUUUUAUAUUUUAAUUUUAUUAUUUGUACUUGUAUUUGCGUGUAGUUGAAUAUGUUGUAUCACAUCCACACUGAGGCACAUAUAUACAUACACUUACCUACAUAAAUACAUAACAUAUAAUCAAGCAUACAAUACAUAUAUUUACAUAAAUAUAAACCAAAAAAAAAAAAAAAGAAAAGAAAAGAAUAAUGCAAACAUGAAUCUACACAUAUAUCGGCGAAAGCGCGAUAAUAUGACUACGAUAAUAUGACAUAACAUAGCUUAGCAUUAUCACAUCAUACAAAUAAAACAACUUCUACAGAAAAAAAAGAAAAGAAUAAACAAAAAUAUAAAAAUACAUUUAAUGAAAAAGAUAAGAAAGAUUGCAAACCCACACAUAAUUGUUAUUGUUGUUGAAAGCAACUAAAAUUGUAAUAGAAUUAUGCAAAUAUACAUACAAAUAUGAUGACAAUGUUAAAUUGCAGCUUAGUUAUUAAUUGUGAACGAGACGCGAAAGCAAAGUACAUAUUGAAUACAAGUAUAAACUUUCGUUUUUUCGAAUUCCGCACGCCAAAAAUAUUACCUAAGAUACGGUAUGCAUACCCAAAAGUAUGUAUGUAAAAUUUGAAUUUGUUUAUGCAUUUCCUUAAAAUGAACCUUAACUACUAUCAUUGAAUGUAGAAACUCACAAUUGUACUCGAGAUGCAUGUGAGAUUGUAGUGUGUGUGCAGCGAGCUUCUGAAGCGACACAACAUAAUUUCUAUUAAUUUUCUAUGCAAACAUAGAUACACACACCUACACACACACACACAUUAUAUUUUACAGUGCAUUAUUAUAUAUUGCUGAUUAUCGUUAAAUAAAUUCCCAAUUUGAAUUGAAUAUGUUGAAUAAA